AUGAUUCACUUUUGUUUGGUCCACACAGCCUAUCACCUGCACUGCUGGCUGCCGAGGUCGCACCGCCUCAGCCAGGUGACAGUGCUCCUGUUGGGGAUCAGCACCCUGACCCUCCAGUUCUACGUGCUGUUACGGCCCAGGUCCUCCCGGUUCUGCAGCCAGCCCCUCCUGGCCAACCUGGUCGGUAGCAUGGUCUUCACCCUGCUCACACUUGGGCUCUUUGUGCUGCUCACUCAGACGGAGCUGGCCCCGUUGGCUCUAAGGACAGCACUGGUGGUAUUUGGCGUGGCGUCCUUUGGUGAAGGAGUCUGCUCUGGGCUGUUAACACUCCUGGCAUCAGACUGCGAGAAAACCACCCCUGAACUUUACUAUGUAUCUGUGGUGCUGUCAGUGGGCAGCCUGGUAUCCACGGUGCUUUUUUCUGGCAUGGGGCUCAUCUGGCUGUCCAAAGUGACCUGCCCAAGGCCAGAUGCUAAGCCAACAGUCUGAAGCUAGCCCAGAGGUCCUGCUGGUUUCCUGCCUCAUUUA